AUGGCUGCCGCGGCGGCGGCGGCGGCGUUGUUCGAGGCCCUGGACAAGGACGGCGACGGUAAGGUGUCCGCGUCCGAGCUGGGCGGCGGCAUGGCGGCCUCGCUGGGAGAGGAAGAGGCCGCGGCGGCCGUCGCGGCGGCGGACGCCGACGGGGACGGCCUGCUGGACCGCGGCGAGUUCCUCAGGCUGGCCCGCGAGGCAGCGGAGGCCGCCGCCGCCGACGCGGAAGGCAGGCGGCGGUGCCUGCGGGUGGCGUUCGGGAUGUACGCGGACGACGCGCCGUCGGAAGCCGGCGGCGGGGGAGGGCAGUACAUCACGCCGGCGAGCCUGCAGCGGAUGCUCAGCCGUCUGCUGGGAUCGCAGCAGCAGCAGCUGGCCCUGGACGAGUGCAGGGCCAUGAUCUGCAGGUUCGAUCUCGACGGCGACGGCGUCGUCUCUUUCGAGGAGUUCAGGGUCAUGAUGCAUGACGGUCUCAUUUGAUAC